AUGUGUCGCGUGAGUCUAUUCUGGCACUUCUCAGACGUUCACGUUGACUUAGACUACACAAAUAACAACUGUACGGGCCCCUACGGUGAUUUGAAAUGUGAUUCUCCACUUCGUCUUUGGAUCUCUGCGCUCAAUGCUUCUCGAAAGAUGGUACCUACUCGUCCCGAUUUUGUCAUUUUCUCUGGCGACUCAGUCGCGCACACUAACACAACGCGAGAGGCCUUUGAAGCCACGAUGGAAACCGUGGCUUCAGUCCUGAAGGCUACCUUUCCAUCCAAUCGAAAGGACAGCGUUCCGGUGAUUUUAAGCCUUGGCAAUCACGAUGUCUAUCCCGACAAUAGUAUGUCUGCUGAAGAUGACGAUCCUCUCCGCAGGAGCUGGUGCACUCGUCUAGGUUCAAGUACCAGGUUCUGGGGCGAUUGGAUUGCUAAUGAAACGAAAGCAGAUUCGAGUCGGUUCAAUGAUGGCUGUUUUUACUCCCGCAUCGUUCGAGUAGGAAAUCUAACCUCCAUCCGCAUCAUAUCUCUCAACGGACUAAUUUAUGCACGACGUAAUACUCUUGGCAACGCUAGUCUUUCUGACCCUCUGGGCCAAUUCUCCUGGUUAAUCACUCAACUGAAAUCGGCCAGGCAGCAAAAUCAAAAGGUCAUAAUUGUGAUGCAUUUUCCUAUUGGCGCCCCAGAAAAUUCUCCAGUCGUGUUCCGCCAUCUUCAUGAUGCUUACAAUGCUAGACUUCUCAAAAUCUUUUCUGAAUUCGCUGAUGUCAUUUCACUUGGGCUCUUCGGUCAUCAACACACUGAUAGCUACCGAGUUUUAGAAGUUCAAUCAACUGAUAAAGCGAUGAAAAACACGAUUGUACCCAUUUUUUUCAUUCCCUCAAUUAGUCCACUUUACCUCGAAAAUCUGGGAGGAUUUCGACCUCGAAUUCGUAUUUUCAACUACUCUGUGAAUACCCCAGACACUUCUCUUCCCUCAUCACUUGAAAUUCAGGAUUUCCACCAGUUCUAUGCAGACAUAUCAAACACAAAGACACCCUGGGAUCUAGAGUAUGUUGCUACAAAGGCCUACAAUCUGUCCAAUCUCUCAGGUAGUAGUAUUAAAGGCCUUCUAGAUAGUUUUGAAAAUGAUCAGGAGCUAUGGUGCUCCUAUUGGAACCACGAGCUUGGAAUUGGAAUGGCCCACAAUUCGGGGCCAUGUCCACAGCUUAAUUCUACCCGACACUGCCGUCACAUGUGCUCUUUAAGGCAUGUUCAUUUUCCCGCUCUCGAUGAAUGUCUUUCAAAUUGCGAUAAAAUUGCGGAUUCAACUGUAGCCUCUCCACGAACGAAGUCCGAUGAUAAUUGGAACGUUGUGCCUAUUAUUGUCCUCGUAAUUGUGGCGUUCUUGGCUAUACUUAUCGGUGUUGUUCUACUGGCAAAUCGAGAGUUGUGUCGUCGGAAGAAUGGAUCAAGGGGCUCUAGACGAAGGCUGAACCUUAAUGAAAGAAGGAGUACUUACCUCAUUGCCUAUCGUCAACCAGGUUUGAAUGGGGUUACUCUUAGACGUUCUACUCUAGAUGAAGAAGGGCUAGUCCUUGGAAAUGGGUUUCAAAACGACGAACUCAAAGCUCUGAAUGUUGAAGAGGAGGCGGAGGAUGGUGCAUAUGAUGCAGAUGCAAGCGGAGACGAAGAUGAAAUUCCAGUAAGAAUUCCAACAAUCCCUAAAGGGGACUUUUACUCCUUGAAUGGUUCCAUUGGAAGUAGAAGAUUUAUGCAGUCAGUCAAGCCAAUUCCCCUCUACUCAUCUCAACAGGUGUCACCACCAAGGAAUCAUGACAUUUUUGAUAUUGAAGAUGUUAAUGAUAAGCCUUAUAAUACUAAUGUAUCAGCUUGA